GAGGUAUCAGUGCAUCCGAAGAUGUUGUUCGCGACGAUCUCUCUUUUACUUCUGCUCUGCAUCUUCUGCGUCCACGAUUGCCUUAAACCGCGCAAUUUUCCGCCUGGUCCGCAAUGGCUGCCGUUUUUCGGUUGCUUCCUCUCGUUCCAACGAUUGAAACGGAAACACGGAUACGGCUAUAUGGCGUUCCGAGAGCUGACGAAAACGUACGGGCCGAUUUUGGGCCUGAAAUUAGGAAACCAGAAGGUGGUCGUGAUCUUCACGCACGAUCUGGUGAAGAAAGUCCUCCUUCGGGACGAGUUCAAUGGCAGACCGGACGGAUUCUUCUUCAGGGUUCGCGCGUUCGGAAAAAACAAAGGUAUUUUGUUUUCUGAGGGCCCGUCGUGGUCCCAGAGUCGUCGUUUCACCAUGCGCCAUCUUCGAGCGUUCGGCUUCGGGCAAUCGAUCAUGGAGAAGCACACGAAAAUCGAGGCGGAGAGCUUAGUUAAUCAUCUCCGUCGCGCCAGCGAGAAAGGCCCGGUUCUCAUGCAUACGGCCUUCGACGUUGCGGUUUUAAAUGCACUUUGGUGCAUGUUCGCGGGUCACAGGUUCGACUACGAGAACAAGAAGUUGAAGGAGAUACUUGACGCUGUUCACGAUGCAUUCAGAUUGAUGGACACAAUGGGCGGAAUAAUUUCGCAAAUGCCGUUCCUACGUUUCAUAAUACCAGAGUUGUCGGGUUACAACGAUUUAAUGAAGAUCCUUCGGAAGCUGUGGAGCUUCUUGAACGAGGAGAUCAGCGAGCACGAGAAACGGCUGUCCGGAAGUCAGCCUCAAGAUCUGAUCGACGCCUUCCUCUUGGAGAUCUCUGCCAAUAAUGGCAGUCGUGACGACACCAUAUUCGAUCGAGAAAGUUUGCUUGUUCUGUGCCUGGACCUCUUUCUGGCCGGCUCGAAGACCACGACCGACACCUUGGCGUUCAUUAUGCUGUUCUCGUCGUUGCAUCCGGAAUGGAUUAAAAUACUGCAAAAGGAAUUGGACGACGUUGUCGGAAGAGCGCGGUUUCCAACUCUGGAGGAUCUGCCGUCGCUGCCGAUGAUGGAGGCGUUCCUCGCGGAGAUACAACGAUAUUUGAUCCUAACGCCACUUGGACUGCCCCAUAGCACAACGAAAGACGUAAUUCUCGACAACUAUCGCAUUCCUAAGGACACGAUUAUUCUUUUGGAUUUAAGUAGCGCGAGCUAUGACCCAGCUUACUGGGAUCAACCGAAGGAAUUUCGGCCGCAACGAUUUCUAGACGAAAGUGGCCGAUUUGUCCAGAACAAUGCGAGCAUACCUUUCAGCUUAGGCAAAAGGCGGUGCCCGGGAGAAAUGCUUGCCCGCAGCACCAUAUUCCUAUUCUUCGCCUACGUUAUACAUUACUUCGACAUCGAAAUUUCUCCGGAGCAUGGUGAUCCAGACCCGAAUGGUUACGAUGGUUUCGCUAUAUCGCCGAAACCGUAUUAUCUGAAGCUCGCGAAGAGAUCGAACGUCCCGAAUUCGGAUAGCACGUAAACGGAAAUUAUUCGGUAGUAUGCGGCCCUUCAAGGAAUUAUUUACAAAUCGAAGCUCGGAACCGAUGUAAAAGGACGGAACCGCCACGUGGCGCGCCGACUAAACGUACAUACAUACAUUUGGACUUCCGCGAAACGAGAUGAUUUCGACGAACACGUAAAACGACUUUCACGCGGCAGAAACAACAAACAAUAUCGGAGCGAAAAAUUUGUUGAAGUUAAACAAGCAGGCGUCUAUCCGCCGCCGGAUCUACUUCGAUCCGGGAAGUUAGGCUACACGGGGGCGGAGAAACGUCGGUGUUACGAGAAACAGGAACAUCAAUUAAGUGCACGAACUUGCACCAACGCGCCGAGAUGCCGCGGAAAAUAUUUUGUGCCUGCAAAAGCUCUUUGAAGUUCCAAGCUAAUGACAAAUAAUUUGAUUCGCCUGCGUUCCUCUUGAAAACCGUCGGGUUGACGACAAAUUAAUUUACAUGUUUCUUCGCGUCGAUUCGAUAAACGUUCGAUAUAUAUUGUAAUAUUAUUACAAUAUUAUAAUAUUAUAAUAUACUA